AUGAUGAUUUUUAAAUCAAAAUAUACGAAUAACUUGGUUAUUUCAAUUCAAGGAACUCAUUAUUUUAAAGAUUUUGCAUCUGAUAUUGAUUUAAAAUUAAUUUCUUGUUUUUUAUUAAAACCAUGGAAUAUUGAAUGUGGUAAAAUUCAUUUUGGUUUUCAAGAUCAAUUUUAUUUUAAUCAAAAUACAAUGUUAUCAAUAAUAAAAUCAUUAGACCAACCAUAUGAUAUUUAUUUUACUGGUCAUUCGGCUGGUGGUGCUGUUGCAUUAUUAGCUUCAGUAUAUUAUUCUUAUCAAAAUGAUUUAAAAAACAUUGAAUCUAUUAAUUGUAUAACAUUUGGUCAGCCUGCAGUAGGAGAUGAACAAUUUAAUAAAUUGUUUUUAUCAUCAAUUAAAAAAAUAAAUUAUAGAAGAUACGUUAAUAUUAAUAAUCAUAAACAUCGUUCAUCUGAUUUUAAAAAGUAUCAUGAAGAUCCUGUUGUUGAAAUAAUGUCAAUAUUUAAUGUUUAUCAUCCAAAGGUCGCAGAUGAAUCAAUAAUUGUUUUAAAUUGUAAAAAACACAGUUGUCCCAAUUUUCCAUUGGGUUUACAUUCAUCAGAUCUUUACCUAUUAAAUACAUUUAAUCCAAAUUAUUCACAAUGUAAUACUAAUUGUAAAUUUGUUGAAAAGAAUGCAAAAUUUUCAAAAUUUAAAGAAUAUCAUUGUAUGGUUAAAAAUGAAUGUAUUUUCAAUGGUGAAUUUAAUCCAAAAGGUAUUCUACCUGAUAAAUACUCUGUAUGUUUAUUUACAUCAAGGAAUCAAUUUAAACACUAUGAUUUUACAUUAUUUAGUAGUUGUAAUUUAAAUUACUAUAAAGAUUAUAAACAACCAAUAACAAUGGUAGAUAAGACAGAACAUUUUAGAUCAGUUUCAAAAAGAAUUAAAAAUUUAAAUGAAAUUAUUGUUGUAGUUGAAAACCAUAACUCAAUUUUAGGGACAUCCUCAUUUUCUUAUAAUAUUUCAAUAAAGAGCCCAUAUCAAACUCCAAAUCCACCAACAAAUUUAACAGCUGAUAUUUUAGAAAUAAAAAACGAUCUUAUUAAAUUACAAGUUAAUUUUAGUAUCAAUGAUUUAGAUCAUAAUAAUAAUAACAACAAUUUUAAUAAUACAAUAUAUAAUAUAUUCAUUAGUAAUAUUGGGCAAAACUGGAAAAAAUAUAAAGAGACAAUUAUUCGACCACACCAAAAUAAUAAUUACUUUUCAAAAACUAUAGAUGAUAUCCCAAAAGGAGCAUAUAGUAUAGUUGUUUUUUCAGAAUAUAAUGAUAUCCAAUCUUCACCCUCCAAUAUUGCAUUUAUAAAUACUCUGAAAUAA